AUGGCAUCCACUAGCUCCGUUCAGAUGCAACUUCCAAAGUUGAACGGAAAAAUUACAACAACCGUGGAGAACGGCUACACCGAAGUAGCUGAUGCUGAAGAAUUCAAUGCUUUGAGGAAAGAGGAGAAAGAAGCGUUGGUGGAAUCUCGAAAGAAAGAUCAGAAAGCAUUAUAUGCGAUCUUUCAAGCCGUGGAGGAGACGAUAUUUGAAAAAAUAUCGAGUGGUGAGACAGCGAAAGAAGCGUGGGAUAUAUUGCAAAAAUCCUACAAAGGUGAUGAUCGUGUCAGGCGGGUGCGGCUCCAAACACUUCGAGGAGAUUUUGAGUCUUUACACAUGAAUGACUCUGAAUCUAUCUCGGCUUACUUUGAUCGUGUACAAACCAUCGUUAACCAAUUGAGGGUUAAUGGUGAAGAGCUCCAAGAUGUACGAGUCGUAAAAAAAAUCUUGAGGUCUUUGACUGAAAGAUUUGACUACGUGGUUGCGGCGAUCGAAGAAGGCCAAGAUAUAUCAACCAUGACGUUGGAGAGGUUGAUGGGUUCAUUAUGUUCGCAUGAGCAAAGAAUGAACCAGAAGUCUAUCAGUUCGAAUUCGAGCAAGCACUGCAGUCGGGUCACUCAAUCAAAUCGAGGAGGUCAUCAUGGUGGCCGAGGUCGUGGAGGUCGUGGUGGUGCCCGAGGUAGAGGUGGAAAUCUGAAUUCCACUAAAAGAUAUCAAACACGUGACAAAUAA